GAAAAAACUAAGCGGAAGUGUUAUGUUAGCAUCAUUGGCUCAGAGUCGUGAGGUAAACAAACCAACCAACGGCCGCUGCUUCCUGCCCUGUCUCCAAGGAAAUAAAAGGACUCCAGGCAACAAACUCUGAUGGUUAUGGAGAAUGAUGGAUAACCUGACUGCAAAUAAAAGCCACAUACCCUGUCAGUCGUGGGCGGGCCAGAAUGGCUGGUCCACUACUUCAGCUCAAGGACCCCUCCUCAACCCACUGCACAGCUCUCAGCAUCUCAGCCUGGGCUUGUCUCCUGACCAGAGACACUCCUACAACCACCUGCAGGAGUCCAAUCAGAGCUGUAUGAGUGAUCUCAGCACCUUAUCAUCCAGAAACAACACUCAUCACUCUGCUCUGUACAAAGCUUCUCACAUUAGCAGCAAUCCGUCAUCCAACGCGCUGUUCGCCAGCACCGCUAUUCCGAGUGCCUCUCACAUUAUUUCCUUUGCCCAGCAAACCCCUCACACUUCAUCAAUGCUGCUAACUGCAAACCAAGGAAAAAACAUACCCCCACCAUCUCUCCCCCAAACACACCAAGCUCCACAGCCCUGUAGGCCCCAGGAUCUACCACUUUUCUCACCCCACGACCCUUGCAAAGCGCCAUUUCAACCUCCAUUAUCAAAUCAAAGUUUACCAAACGGACUUCUUUCAUGUGAACAACAUGUAAGUACAUCUCAAGCUACUUUUGAAGGAGCUUAUGUGGAGUUUGCUGGUGUUGCUGGACACACUCACAGCCAUGCCUCAUCCACUUCUCAGGAGAAGAGUCAGUGGAUACCGUCAUCACACUGCAGGGGAGCUGUGAACGAGUCUGUCCCUGACGCAGCUGUUCAUCCUAAAAACAAGCCAUCGCAAGAUAGGAAGACUAAUCCAUCGGCCAGCAAUGAGAGACAACGUUUGGAGAUUUUACAUCAGCGUGCACAACUACUUCAACAAUUGGCAGAGUUGGAUAAACUUCUGGAAUCCAUACCUCCAGAGGACAGCUGUGAUGGGAAGUCUCCACACACAGCUAAUCAGUCUCCUCCAUCAAUGGAUGAUUCAUCUCAAUGUGAACCAACUAAGACCAGCGAUGCACAGCAAGUUCAGCUGUCUGCAGGAAAGUCAACGUCACAGUCACAUCUUUCAUCGGAUAAACAAAGUGAAGCCUGUGAUACACCAGAGGAUCCAAUGUCAGCAGCAGAAUCAGAGAAAGAAGAAAAUGCCUCAGCUGAGUCAGAGGAUGACAGCGAUCCUGAUUACUUACCCAACAGUGAUGGCGACUUCUCUGAUUUCCUAUCUGACCCUGACAGGGGGUCUCCAGAUGAACCCAGUCAAAGCAGUCACCCGACCCCCACAGACGAAAAACCUUCUCAGCCAGAAAAGAAAAAGGCUAAAUCGGAAAGUUCUUUGUUUAAGGACAAAAGUGUCGCUCUCCCAAAAAAGAUACGUGCAGCUAAUCGGAAGUCCUUUGAAAAUGUAGUGUUGCCAUGUUCAAAUUCGAAAGCACGACGGAAUUAUUGUUUGUUUUGCUCUGAUCCAGUAACCAAAAUGUCACGACAUCUUGAGCGCAUCCACAGUGACAAACCGGAGGUUGCAGCUGUUUUUCAGUAUCCCAAGAAUUCCAGAGAAAGACAAAAGAUAUGGAACAGACUAAUAAAUCAAGGAAACUUUGCCCAUAAUAAAGAUGUCUUGAAAACAGGGAAAGGACAACUUGCAGUCCGAAAAAGGUCGAGCAAAACUCAAAAACCCCAAAACUUUCUUCAUUGUCUUUACUGUCGAGGUCUUUUUAUGAAGAAAGCUUUGUUCAAACACAUAAAAUCGUGCCCAGAGAAAGUGGUGUCUGAAAAUGAAUCAGAGUUUGGAAGAAGGAAGCGUAUCGCAUCACGGUGUGUGCUUGAAACUGUAGGAGACCUUGGCCUAAGUGAUGGUUUUAGGAACGUUUUGUCCCAGAUGAUAUACGAUGAUGUGACACAAACCAUCAUUGAAGACGAGGUUCUCUUGCAGUUUGGUGAGCUCCUAUUUAGCCAGCACGGAUCCGAUCCGAAGAAGAAUGAUUAUAUAAGACAAAACCUUCGUCAGAUAGCAAGACUUGUACUCGAAGCUAAAAAAAUAACCCCUCUGAAGAAACUGGAGGACUUCUUUCUCCCUUCAAGCUUCCCACAUGUGGUGUCCGCAGUGAACGUCGUGGCAGGCUACAAUCCAGAAAACAAAACGUACAUCGUUCCUUCACUUGCUGUCAAGCUUGGCUACCACCUACAGAAGACCUGUGGUAUUGUUGAGGGUAACGCAGUGGAGAGUGGUGAUGCAGGUUUGGCAGAGUCUGCGCAAAACUUCCUCUCUGUGUACCAGGAAAAAUGGAACAAACUCAUUUCUGCAGGUGCAUUAACAGCAAUCAGAGAAAUAAAAUCGAACGCAGAAAAGAAGGUGCCGUUUACUGAAGAUGUAAAGCGCCUGAAUUUCCACAUGGAGAGUGUUCACCUUCUUGCUGAAAAAAACCUCAGAGACAGCCCUUCUACAGAAAACUAUGCUGCUCUGGCCAAGGUAGUACUCUCUCGGACAAUAGUUUUCAACAGGAGAAGUGUCGGAGAGAUAUCAUCAGUGCAACUAACAGCUUUUAUGUCACGGAAAAAGUCAAGCUUGCAUGAUGGCAUGGACGUAUCCGUCUCAGAUUUGGAAAAAAAAAUGUGUGGGUUCUUCACUAGAGUUGACAUACAAGGGAAAUGUGGGGGAACGGUCCCUGUUUUACUAAAACCCUCAUUCUUGUCAGCUAUGGAGCUCCUCGUAGAGGUACGCGAGGCAUGUGGAGUCCCCAGUCAGAAUCCCUUCCUGUUUGGCCGACCAAAUGCACUGACUGCCUACAAAGGGGCAGAUUGCAUCCAAAAAUAUGUCAAAGAAUGUGGAGCUAAAGUCCCUGAAGCACUGACAUCCAGAAAGAUCCGGAAGCAUUACGGAAAAAUGCUACAGCUGAUGAACCUGGAUGAAAAUGAGGCCGACCAAAUAUUUGGCCCUAAUAAUCAAGUCCGAAGCCUGCUACAGGACAGCAGCAUGCAGCUGGAUGACGUCGAAAUGGAAUCUGACGAGAGAGCUGCAUCAUGGGGUCACGAUGAGCUUUCCGGUGCCCGCUAUGGACCAGCAGAUCCUCAUCAUGGAGCAACAACAGGCACCAACAUGACCGUACCUCCCAAAUCGGGCAAAGAAGGCUCCAGCUAUAAGGGCAAACAUAAGUGGGAGGAAGCAGAGGUUCUUGCUGUUGAAAGACACAUGAUGCGUUUAAUUGAAGGACACAAGGUGCCUCAGAAAAACGACUGCAUUCAGUGUCUUGAGGCUGAGCCAGAAGCACUGAGGACCCGAUCAUGGAAAGGGGUAAAGGACUACGUCAGAAACAGGAUCACUGCCCUAAAAAGGCAAAGCGGAUCUUCCCAAGCUACAUCCUCAAACCGUAACCGGCCUGGGCAAGCGGAACCACAGCAGACUACUGGACAUUAUUAAACAGUUCUAGAUGGGUUAUCUAUCCCUUUUCCAUUUUCUUAUCCUUCACCACCCUCUGUUCUUCUUUGUCUUUCAUUUGUUCUGUCUCCAUCAUCUUUUAUGCCAAAUUGUGAGCGUUUGCAUCCAUUAGGAUGGCCAAGAAUAGAUUUAUAUUUUAUCAUUUUUAUUUUUUAUCUUACUUUGUAUGAUUACAGUAUAAAUUUCACUGUGGUUUUGUUUCAUUUUAUUAAGUUAAUCUGAAAAGAGACAGCCCAUGCACACUGACAAAUAAUUAGUUUGAUAAGCUAAGGGAUAAUUAGUACGUUUUUGGGGCUGUAAGUUAAGUUAUCUGGUAUACUGUAUUUUGUUAUCCUCUUUGGUAUGCUGUGUUUUGUUCGACUUUGUAUAACAACUUACCACCAAUAAAGUACAGUUUUUGUUUGAUCAAAAACAAAAGUUAACUGUAUUCCACUCA